GACCCUGCCUCUAUCUCGACGCCUGUGAAUGUAACAUCUCUUCAACCACCCUAGACUGAUACUGGAAACCCUGAACAGGUCAGAUUUUUUUUCUCACAACUGGACGGGAUGAAGGUUCACCAUUUGUCUGAUUCUUUAUAUAAUGUAAUGUCUGUGUAUGUGCUUGUUUUUGUUCUUAUAUGAAGAUUCAAUGCACAGAUCAUAGAAAGACAGUACAAUGUCAAUGUAUUCUCUUCUGCCAUUGAUCCAAUUCGAUCUCUGCUUACCCUGCCCACCAGGUGAUCAUGCUGCCUAAUUGGUCAAAUAUGACCCUCCACCUGGAGGACUCUCUGACCCGUGCCCUGGGCCGUUAUCUUGACAACUGGAGCCGUAACUCCUCAAAGGCAGAACAGGCUCUGGACAACACUCUGGCAGAGGAGAACUUCAGGAACGUCGUUUGGUACCUGAUAGUAAUGAUUGGAAUGUUUGCCUUCAUUGUCGUGGCGAUCCUGGUGAGCACGGUGAAGUCAAAGCGGUGCGAGCAUUCUGACGACCCCUACCACAAAUACAUCGAGGAGGACUGGACUGCCCAGCUCCAACAGCAGAGAGUCGUCAUAAACAACCCCACAGCCAACUAAUCUAAUUUAUAUGCACACACUCCAUAUACAAACAC